AUGAGUGAUCGUGAUGGUGAUCAAAGAAGAAAGGCCGAUAAGAAAACACCGGUAAGUUUCAAAGAAAUAGUUGGGCUCCCAACUCUUGUAAUUUCAAAUUUUUCAGACCCCUUCCCAAUUGCAAAAUGCUCUUCAUCAGUUCAUAAUACAAAGCCAAGCCCAUUUGACAGUGAUUCAUAAUAUUCAACAUCAGCAACAACAUCAUGUUGAAGGAACCAAUCCAGAUGUUCAGAAGAAAACUGAUCAUGCACAAGAAAAGUGA